AUGGCGGUGUCCUUGGCUCCGUGUCCUGAAGGUCAUGCGGGCCCAUUCUGCGCAUCCUGUGCCAUUGGGCAAUGGGGCAGCGGCCAUGGCCAUGGGCAUUGCCACCACUGUGACAACAAACCCAAGACGCCCAAUGCUGUCUAUGCCAAAAUGGCUUGGCCCAACAGCAGCUGUCCCUUCCACUGUGUUCCAGGUGUGCCGGAAGUCAAAAUGAACCCCAACUGCCUCAGCAACUUUGACUUCGCCAUGGGAUUUUUUGGUGGAAAGCUGGGCUUCAAAAUCACCCUGGCGCUUCCCAUCACCAUUUUCUUCAUCAUUCGCCUGGUUCAUCGGCUACGACGAAAGAGAAGGACUCGCCCAUCAUGUGGCCGCUGGCAGUUUCCACGCGAGGAGUUGCCUUGUCAUGUGGCGCGGAUCUACCUGCUGGGCAACAACUCUGCGGGCUCCCCUUGGACUUUGCCGGAGCGCGGCCCGUUGCACGACGACGCCAUGGUGCAGGAAAUGCUGGGAGAGGACGAGUGGCAAGCGCUUGGGGAGACCCUGCAGAACCCCCUGAAGAUUGCCCCCUGGGAGUCCUGGUGGUUGCUGCAUCUCUCGCCGUGGCUGGAGCUAUUGCUGCUGCGGCGGCGCUUGGGCCGUGCCAAGCGUGCGCAGCGAGCGGUGCUGCUGGCGGCGGAGAGUUUGAAGGACAUGGAAGGGAAACCGUCCAUGAAAUUUGGCUGCGAUGAGUCUGCGACGACGGGCUAUUUGGACAUCUUCGACUUUGGGCGAUCGGCGUUGGACUGGGCCCCUCGGAAUUUGAAGGAAGAAGAGCAGCUUCUCUUGGCACAAGGUGCCGGCACUUGGGCUCGACCCUAUGAGCUGAACAUCGCAGAUCCCCUGCUGCUGGGAGUGGCGCAGAGCCAAGGGAGUCAGGGGCCCAUUGGCACUCAGAUGAUCUACAGCCUGGUCUGUGCCUUCAACCUCUUCAGCCGCCUGGUGCCCUCUGCGGAGCUGCUGGACGUCCUCUGGGGCGACGAAGCGCCCGCCUUUGCGGUGCUGCAACGGGAGGUGGAGCUAAGCGCUCGACGCUUGAGUCUUCAAGCAGCUGCGCAAGUGCAAAUUCUCCGAAUGUCGCGAGGCCAUAAAGGCGAGCCAGUCGCUGCUGGAGGCGCAACAAAACCGUCGCCUGCGCGACCGGAGUCCUUCACAGACUUGGUGCAGCAGCUGCCUUUGGAAGGGGCGCCAGCUGUGGUCGCCAACAACGUGGAGGAACUCAAGCUCUGCUUGGUGCUUCGGGCCAAGAAGGACCGGCGGCUGCUGAGGCAGAGCAGCGAGGAAUCAGGGCUCAAGAAACCACAGGGGUUCUUCUACACCUUACGUCGGAGCUUGCUUCGUUUCCGCGCCCAGCGCCUAUUGCGCUGGGUGCGCGUUCCCAACGCCGCGAAGUUAGGGACCUCCAACCUCGUGGUGUCCUUGUUUUUCUUCAUGCUGAUACUCUUUGAAGGUAUGGCCUCGGUGAUCUUGUGGAGCACCUUUAGCCGCCUUGAGAUUGAACAGGCCAUUGGGCUCUGGAUGCUGUUCCCCUCUCCCAUGGCCCCGCUCUCCCCGCUUAUGGGUUUGGCUGCAUUGCUACUGCGGCGGCCUUUGUUCUGUCGACUGCAAGCGCAUCUGUCGCUCAUGGCGUCUAUCAACCUUGCGGUGGUGGGCUUCACAUAUGGUCAGGAAGGCUUGCUGAAGCCAUGUCUGGUCCUCUUCCUGCUCCAUGUGGUGGUGUGCUACUUUGCUGCCAUCUAUUCGGGCUUGGAGAUGUCAAGUGCUGACGUGCAAUUGGCAGAAGAUAGUGGAGGUGAUGCUUCCCUUCAAUCCCUACGUGAAAGCAGUGCCCCCGCGCCCCGGAGCUCGCUGCGGCCUUUGCCGCGGGAACCGCAUGCGGAGAACGAGGGGAUCUGCAUGGCGCUGUGGAGAUCCCCGGCGCGGCCCCACGCCGACUCGGUGGAAUCCGACGUGGGCGGCGCCGCCGCGGAGGCUUCGCCCUUCUGA